GAUUCUAACUAAUAAGGAGAUGAAGAGAACUUCAUAAUUUGUAGAGAUUGAGAUCAGUGUAGUAAUGUUCUUGCAUGUGUACUCAUGUUAUGAAUUUGAAAUGCACGAGGUGUUGCAUUUUUAGGAUAAUACGUAACUUUGGGGAAUCCUGACAUGUAUUAUAUAUGUGCUUAGUUCUUGAAGUUAUUGGUUUUCCACUUUGCCUAAUGUUUUAUUUUUACAUUGAUCUUGGUCUGCAUUAGGUUAAAAUGUUUGCGUUUAUUUUCUAGUUCAUAGUUACGCAAAAUGUCCAAAGGAGGAAAAGUGUCGCUCCAACCUAGUUUUCUAUCAACUCAUUUCAUACCAGAUUAUGAGAGGAAAAGAAACGAGAAGAUAAAGAGGAACAAUAAGAUCUGUGAAUCUCAUGGGGUGAAGACUAUUGCAACUCCUUUUGUGGGAUCGGUUCAGCAGCGCAAAUGUGUUACUGCUGAAAAUGGAAAGCGUACUAGGGUUGAGUUGGAGGAUGAUGGCUAUAGGCUUUCACGUGAUGAGGAUGACCCUGGCCAUGAUAGUGAGUCGGUUGACUCUUUUGAGCAGGCUUUAGAGAUGCCACGAGGUUGUCAAAGAGCGCCACAGUCCCAUCCAGAGCCACAAUCCUAUGCAACUAUGAUCUCCGAGAGGGUCACCCGAUCGACGCCACAACCGAACAUGGAUACCCAGGCCCUACCACCUCCCAUUGUCCAGCCACAAAGUGAGGCAUUAGCUAACAACAAUGUUGUACUCACUGUUAGACGCACUCGUGGGCCUACGCGAGGCAAGCUGGCACAAAGGGUCAUUGAUAAAUAUGGAAGGCUUAAAGUUCCCAUUCCAUCACAGUUCCGUGCAGCGGUAGGGGAGCAUGCUUCUAAAUUGGCCUCAAAGAUUGGCUUUGAGGUUCGGACACAUGUGAUGGACCUUGGCGUUCGUCGGUGGAAGGCCUUGGAUGAUAGUGUUAAAGGGCCUAUACUUCAGCGACUGACGGAUAAGUUUGAUUUGCAAGGAGAUCCUAUUGAUGUUGAUAAGGCAGUGGCAACACAAUGUGGACGAAGAAUAAGUAACUACACCUAUAAGUUGAAGAAAAAAUACGAUAAGCUUGUAAAGGCAAAGGGGGCUGAGUAUGCAAGAAGCAACCCCCCAGGUGGUGUAAAGCCGGAACAGUGGACAAGCUUAAUAGAUAAGAAGUGAAAUGAUAAGAAGUGGCAGAAACAAUCAAAAGCAAACACCAAUAACAGGUCCGAUAAGAAAAGCAAACACAGAUGUGGAUCAAAGUCAUUACCGGUUAGGGUUGUCGAAAUGAUGGAAGGAACUGAUGGUGCUGUGCCUGCAUUAGAAAAAAUAUACAAAUCCACCCACUUAAAUGCAGAUACAAACGAGUGGAUCUCUCCAGAAUGCGAAGAUAUCCAUGAUGAGAUCGUAAGAAUAGAGGCUGAAUAUAAUUCUCAGGAUGGUGCAGUCCCGAUAACGCAAGAUGAGCUUUCUGUCAAGGUAUUCAAGGUAAAAUCAGGCUAUUUGAAGGGACUUGGAAUGAGGCCUUCCUCUACUGUUAGGAGUACCAUUGUUGGAUCUGUGAACAAUAAUGAAUAUGUAACACACCUUGAGAAAAAGGUAGACGAGCAAGAUGAGUUAAUUCAGGAGCAAGGUGAAAAAAUUCAAGCGCAAGCAGAAGGAAUUGAAGCAGCAAAUGCCACGAUAGACAAGCUAGUGGAGGCAAAAGAGCAACAGGGGAGGGCUUUGGCUAGUGUUCUGGAGUACCUUAAAAAUCAAGGGUACACCGGAUACUGAUUGAGUAUGUAGAAGGUUGGUAGCGGGAGAUGAUAUAUGCGUGUUCCUAUGAAGACUUCUUUUUGGAUGAAGUUCGGUGUCUUCUUUUUUAAUGAUGCUACGAGAACUCUUCUUUUUUGAUGAUUCAUAGGAUAAGAACUGUGAUGAACUACAUAUGGUCUAGUUUGAUUAUUUUUGACAUUCGUACAUGGAUGCAUUAUAUCCUAAAUGUAGAUGACUAUUUUGGGGUGGAUGAAUAUUGCAUUAUAGUAUCUUGUUUGAGAUCUAUUAGAUUCUAAAAUGUA